AUGAUGAUUUUUGGUCUUAUGACUAUUCAAAAUGCAAAUCGAUCACGUGCGAUUCAAGUAGUAGCUUCACGUUAUAAUCGUACUGAACACCAACUGGCUCGAAUGCUUCUUCUUCAAGUCAGUGUACAUGUUUUUCUCACUUUACCAUCAAGUGUUACUUAUUUGAUGGCAGCUUUACCAAACAAAAUUCAAACUACAUCUACUUUCUCCUUUAUAUCUAUAAUUUGUCAAUUACUUUUUAACUGUUCUUAUAUCACAUCCUUCUUUUUAUAUCUUUUGUCUGGUCGUAUCUAUAGAAAAGAACUUAGUCAAUUGAUGUACAAAACAUUUAAAAUCCGUUAUGGCAAUCGUGUUAAAUCUUUAACAAAUCACAACACCAUCUUAUCAAUCGCAUCAUUAACUAAUCCACGACCAGCAAUUUAA